GCCACCGCGUAUCAGAAGAGCAGAGUCGGCAUCCGUUCUCAUCAUGAAGACCUUUAUUGUGCUGGCUGUGGCAGUGGUCGCUGUGAGUGGUGACGGGGCGGCCGCUGCCCCUUCCGGAGCCGGCGGAGCUCACGGAGCAGGAUACGAGACUCCGGUGCGCACUUACGUCAAGAAGGAGCCCUACGUGGUGGAACAGCGCGUGCCCUACACUGUCGUCAGGAAGGUCCCCGUCUACAAGCCCGUCUACAAAACCGUGUAUAAAGAAGUGCCUCAGCCGUACGAGGUCAUCAAGCACGUGCCUAUCGUGAAGCACGUGCCGAUCAUCAAGCACGUGCCGGUGGUGAAGCACCACACGGUGCUGAAGCCGGUGCCCGUGGUCAAACACCACACUCGCGUGCAGAAAAUUCCCGUCAGCGUGCCCAUCUACGUGCAGGAGAAGCACGGGUACGGCGAGUACGGCCACGGCGGAGGGUACGGGUACGGAUCGUAUUAGGGCCGUAUGAGACUGACAGUGUGCGGGUGCGCAGGCCGGCAACAGGGUCUCUGCAGGUGUGCUGUGCACAACGCCGAAUGGCCAGGGUAUGUCGCUGUACCGUUCUAUCGUCCAUCGACAGUGUAAAAGACACUUCCCGAUACUGUUCGACUGUUCGAAAUGGCCUAGUUGUAUGCUGUUGUAACCGGUAUGCAUGGUGCGGUGUGGAACUUUACGCUGACUGAGUCAGUGAAUGGUGGGAAGCUGAUGGCUGUAUUUUUUCAGCCACCUUUACCUAUUUAUUGAAAUAAACUGUUACAAAUCAAGUACCCUAUUUCAUGUUUUGAAGA